UAUUCGCCUGCGACAGUGACGGACCGAUUGACGGAACCCAACUUAUACAGUUCACCACAUGCGUCCGUAAGUCGAGCACGGACGGUUGGUAAGAGCGCGAAAUUUCUUCAUUACUUCAUCAUAUACCGGCUUGUGUACUUCAUAAAAUAUCAAUCAUUCGCGAGCUGUUGUUUUACUAUGUUCGAAGUUUUUAUUUUCCUCGCUGGAUAUGUCUAAGACGAACUUGGCGGAUACAAACGAUUCUAGUGGAAACGCAAACUCGCACACGGAGAGUGAAAGCGUUUCAGUCGGCAACGGAGAAAGGAACUCAUACGGAACCGAACGCGACGCUUCAUUUCAAGAGAAAGAAAUUUUAACUAUCUCCACAAUGCCUUCAGUUAUUCCUUCAAACUCUCCAAUUCCUCCUAGGAGUGAUCAACCUAUAGUUCAUUCUGAACCCGUGUUUAAAAUCGAGCCGGGUACAGAAACCUUGCCUCUUGCAAUAGCGCAAAAUAAUGAUAGCGGAGGUCAUCAUUUCAGCCAAGAUACUUGCAAUCCUAUUAUACACGAAGGGUUCAUCGGCGAGGAACCGCUAGAAAUUCAAUGCGGAGAAAAUUCAGCCUUGCUUUACAUCUCAAAACUAUGCCAGGGAAGCAAAGGACCUUGCAUCUUAUUUAAUAACGAGUGGUUGACCCCAAACGAACUGCAGUAUAUCAGUGGAAGAGAGACUGCUAAAGACUGGAAAAGAAGUAUUAGAUAUAAAGGCAAGUCUUUGAAGAGUCUUAUAGCUCGUGGAUUAAUCAAAGUGCAUCCUCCAAUUUGUGACUGCCUUGGAUGUAGAAUAUCAUCACCAGUGAAUCGAGGUCGUUUGGCGAGCAAAUGUGGUGUCGCACCCCCCUCCCCGAGGAGUCGCAAGCGAGACGUUUCCAAGUCGCUGUCGUGUUGGAGCCACGAGGAACUCGAGGGAGCGACCCCUCACAGACAUUAUUCGACGUCAGAUCUCGACGGAUUUUCUCGACAUACCGCUGUUAAUGGGUUAGCGUUCAAGGAAUCUAGAGACUCUAGUUCCUCCGCGACUUCAGAAUGUUCCGAGGGACAAGAUGAGAACCCGUUUUCACCAGUCACAAAGCGGCCAAGAAGCAACUCGCCUGAACUAACUUUCGAAGACAGAGCAAAGCUUCCUCACAAGCGAAGAGCCAGCGAUUCAUCUAUAGCAUUCAUUCAAAAAGCAGGGGAAUCUAUACACUAUGACAGAUCUGGACUUUCCAUGCAUCGUGUCGUACAUUUAAAUGAAUUAAAGGAUUCCAAUCCCGAAGAAAACCAGGAAAACAAAGCCGAUUCUUUGAACUCCGAAGAAUCAAGAGCCAGUGCUGCUAAAGCAAGAAGUGCAUUUCGAACAGUUAACCAAGACGCAGUGACGUCCAUGACUCUAGCAGACGCCACCGAAGGUAUUCAAAGAGAAAUGGCGAUAAGAGCCGCCAAGAUUAAACAAAAGCCGCAGAGUCAGGGGGGUGCGCCAACUCAGUUCCUCCCCCCUCAGUACACCAACGGACCUGGAAUCGUCAGUCCGACUCACACCUCACCGCGACUAGUACCAGACCCUCUAUUAUUCACUAACCCGCACGGUACAAAUAUUUACCAUCAUGCAUUUCGAGGUGCUGGUUACCAUGGUGUUCCACCGCUGUCUCGUAAUCUGAUGCAGUAUAGGUUACUGUCCCCACCCGGGACGGGUAACUCACCGCAGAACCCCCUCGCGGGGCUUUCGCUCCAGAACCAACUUAUUAUGCAGGAUCUUGCAGUGAUGUCUGCAGUUGGUGGGAAAGGACAUUUAAUUGAGAAGAAACAAAAUUCACCGGAAGAGAACGGUAUUUCGCACAAAAGACGACGCUCUUCCAACGAUUAUUCUGAUAACGAGCGAACUAACAAUGCGUCGGCGUUUUCCGACGACGAAAGAAGUUCCCCACGAAAAGAGAACGAACAGUCGAAUCAUGACCGAACAAACUACGUUAGUGUUAUUCACAAAAGUCCCGCUCAUUCUCCGCUAACUGUUGAAAGCGCAGAGAGAAAAAGCUCAUAUAGCUCCAAAACUCAUAAUGAUAUUUUGCGUCAAAUCAGACCUCACAGACUCAUUCCUAAACUGCGCUUACACCUGGAUGACGAUAUUAUUCACUGGAGUGUUGACCAGGUUGCGGAGUUUAUUUCGUCGUUGACCGGCUCGCCAGAGAUCGUCUUGGAAUUUAAAGAACAGUGUAUCGAUGGACAAUCGCUCAUUCUUCUCAAGGAAGAGCAUUUGUUGAACAGAUUGGGAAUCAAGCUCGGGCCUGCGCUUAAGAUUCUCGCCCACAUAGAGAAAAUUCUCGAGAAAUUAUCCAGGGAUGAAACUCCUCCCGACAGCUGUGAUUCCAGCUGAAAAUCCAGUCAGAAGACCUUCCGACCAAACUCUAAUUUCUCACUACAAAUUUCUAAGUUUGUUUUUAUUAAUCGAAUAGGAGAAUCUAGCGUUUCAUCACAAAAUGUUUAGUUCUGUUUGUGUUAUCGUGGAUUUACAAGGGGCUGGUCUUUUCUAAAUGAUUCAGUUGUCGUCAUAGCAACGGUCGUUAUAAAUCUUUAUUAUGUAAAUAAGUUAUAAUAAACGUUAUCAGUUGUGGUGGCGUUUAGCCAAUCAACACACGUUUAAAAUGAUAUACCACGCCCAUACUGCUAAUGUUCACAGUCGCACGAAACAAUAUUCUGCAGUUCGUUUUUGAUAUAUCACAUUAAAUAACUUAGAAAUAUCGUAAAAAGAAGCGAAUCUUUCGUACGAGUGAGGGAAACCAUUUCAAUGCCACAGCAGUGGAAGCCUUUUCAAUGCCGAAGCAGAGGAAGCCAUUUCAGUGUCACAGAAGUAGAAGCCAUUUUAAUACCACAACAGUGGAAGCCAUUUCAAUGCGCAGCAUGCCAACGAGUACAUUAAUAUUUUGCAAAUGCGCGCUGGUGUGGCUCAUUUUGCGUUCGAGAAAUACCUCUGCAUUAUAACUACAGAUAGAAAGAGUGUGAAAAUAUAAAAUAAAGCAACACUAAAAGUGA